GCACACAAAUGCACAUUCAGAGAAAGAGCGCGCGUGUACCGAGAGCGCGAGACCAGAGCCAGAAGCCCCGCGUCUCCAGGACGACCGGACCAUCAUCUUCUCGUUCGGCCCGGCUGCACCGGGACCGCGUUAAAUAUCCGGUGCAUCAUUCCAUCAUUCAGCUCCGGUAUGGACUAACGGGUGCGCGCGUUCAUUCGGCGGCGCGCGGCGGAGCGUCUGUUUAUCGUUGACAUGCCGCAGAUGUCGUAAGAGGAAGCCUCGCCGUUUAUUCGAAAGCUCGGGAUUGUUUUUGUUCUGCGUGGAUUAAACUCGCGUCCGGGAUGGGGAAGGAGCAGGAGCUGCUGGAAGCGGCGCGGACCGGGAAUGUGGGGCUGGUGGAGAAGCUCUUGAGUGGGAAGAAAGGAUUGCUCGGAUCGGGUUCCGGCUCCAUACCUCUGCCCGGGUUACUCAGUAUGUGGAGAGGACUCAAUGUGAAUUGUGCAGACAGCUCUGGAUACACACCUCUGCACCACGCCUCUCUGAAUGGACACAGGGAGGUGGUGUUAAAAUUGUUGCAGUUUGAAGCCUCUACUAAUGUGCCGGACAGCAAGGGCUGUUUUCCUCUGCAUCUGGCAGCGUGGAGAGGCGACGUGGACAUUGUCCAGAUUCUUAUUCACCAUGGACCAUCCCACAGCAGGGUUAAUGAGCAGAACCACGAGAAGGAGACGGCCCUGCAUUGCGGGGCUCAGUACGGCCACUCCGAAGUGGUCCGCGUAUUACUGCAGGAGCUGACGGAUCCCAGCAUGAGGAAUAGCCGAGGGGAGACGCCACUGGACCUGGCCGCUUUAUACGGCCGUUUGCAAGUGGUCCGCAUGCUGUUGAGCGCCCACCCUAACCUCAUGAGCUGCAACACGCGCAAACACACGCCUCUCCACCUGGCUGCGAGAAACGGCCAUCACACUACCGUUGAGGUGCUUUUGGAGGCCGGAAUGGACGUAAACACGCAGACGGAGAAAGGCAGUGCGCUUCACGAAGCCGCUCUCUAUGGAAAGAUGGAUGUAGUUCAGCUCCUGCUUGAAUCGGGAAUUGAUACCAAUAUAAGAGAUUGCCAGGGCCGAACUGCUUUAGAGAUACUGAGAGAGCAUCCAUCUCAGAAAUCACAACAGAUUGUUUCUCUUAUACAAGAUUAUAUGAUAUCAGAUUAUGACAAAGGGGAUUUUCAAGAAGAGCUAUUACAUCAACGUCCAGUACCAACGCCGCGCACUUCUGUGCCCUCACCUGUGCCCUCUCCAUCUCUGAGACAUAAAAAUGAUGCAGUAACAGGGGAAUUGUCCAAGUUGCUAAAUGAAAUAAAGGUUUGUCGUGAUAAGGAUUGCUCAUUUGAGGAACUUUGUCAAACUAUAUCUUCUCACUCUCAAUCCAUGGAGAGCUUCGGCAGCGGGCGUCUGUCCGACGAAGAUAGGAACGGCACCCUCACUCGAAUUAACAAGCGGCCCACUCCUCCGUUGCCCCCGGCGAUGGAAGAAGAGGAAAAGAGCUGUGGUCCAUCAGGCCUCUGGGAGGCGCUCACUCCUUGCAAUGGCUGCAGAAACUUGGGCUUUUCUCAGGACAAGCGAUGUGGUGAAAUUGUUCAUUCUCCAUCACUGGAUGUCUUUUUACCGGUGGAUGAGGACAACCCUUACGAGUCAGUGGCCACAGCUGUCACACGCAAACCCUGCUCUCUGGACAUCCACCUUCACAACUCCUGUUCUCGCAACGGCCACUUCUCGCAUGUGUCGGCCAGUGAUGCAGAGCGAGGUAUCCAUGGCGACGACUCGACGGGCCUGACUCCUGACUGCUCGCCUCCUUCACCUGAUACGGCCCUGAGGAACAUCGAGAGAGUCAUCCGCCCCCAGCCAAAGCAACGGACCUCACUGUCCUCUUCACAGGACGUACAGAAACCGGUGCAGAACCACAGCGGUGAUCCCUCUGAGGUCAGUUCAUCACUCGGUUACGCAAGCUUCAGCAACAGCCCACCCGGCAGCCCUCCCAUCAGCCCCGCAAACUGCUCAACAGGGUCAGCCGAAGACUACGGCCUUAGUGAUGAGGCAACACACCAGAAGGAGUCCAUAGAUAAAGACGAACGAAGAAACAGCCACGUUCCAGAGCAGUUUGCUGGACUCCUUCACGGCUCCUCUCCUGCCUGCGAAUCCCCGGACAACCCCUACCAGCUUUACGGCAGUGUCAGGAAGUUUGGCGUUCCGGAGCCCCCCGUCCGACACGGGAAUCUGCUCCGAGCGCCAGAGUACCCUCCCCCCUUCCCUAGAACAGGCAGCGAGGCAUCUGCGCUUAAAACCCAGAGGGAACCCAAACCGCAGAUAGUCUACAGGACUGUUUUUCACACCCGGGUCAACCAGACUCCAGUGACACCCAUCGAACAGGAAAAGCACGUGAGGAACGGGGAGGCCCAGAACAACAGCACAGGAGGCUCAGCCACCAACGCCACAGGCUACGAGGAAAGAGCCUGCACUUUAGGGAGGAUGCGCUCCAUCCCAAAAAACGUCUUGGACCUUCAGCUGUCCAGGAAUUUCUCCAAAUCAGACUCUAACCUUGUAGCCGUGUCCCCUAUUGAGGAGGAACAGUGGAGUUCAAGAGGACAGAACAGCCCAGACAGACUGGAACGAACUCCCUCCUUUACGGCGGAGUGGGAGGAGAUUGACAAGAUCAUGAGCUCCAUAGGUGCUGGAAUUGGCACAGAGAUAGAGGAGGUUACAGGGGAUCAAUCAGGUCCCCGUUGCCCCGUCCAAUCUGUGGGACAGUGGCUGGACAACAUCGGCCUGGUGCAGUACGAAAACCACCUGCUGUCUAACGGCUUCGACAAUGUUCAGUUUAUGGGCAGUAAUGUGGUGGAGGACCAAGACCUGCUGGAGAUCGGGAUUUUAAACUCUGCUCACAGACAGCGGCUCCUGCAGGCUAUUCGUCUGCUGCCCAGGGUGCGACCCAUUGGUUAUGAUGGAAAUAACCCCACCUCGGUGGCAGAAUGGCUGGAGUCUCUGGAGCUGGGAGAUUACACCAAAUCUUUCCUCAUUAAUGGCUACACCUCCAUGGAGCUUGUCAAGAAGAUCUGGGAGAUCGAGCUCAUCAAUGUUCUUAAGAUUAAUUUGAUCGGCCACAGAAAAAGAAUACUCGCCUCUCUUGGAGAUCGAUUGCACGAAGACCCUCCGCAAAAACCACCACGGGCUAUCUCUCUAAGAGAGCCCACUGGGAACCACACUCCCCCUCAGCUGUCCCCGUCUCUGAAUCAGGCAUACCCCAACGCCGGAUCACUGGACGUCCAACACCUCAUCAUGCAGGCUGACGCCAGACGUAGACGCAACGACAACUACUUUGAGGAUGUGCCGCGCUCCAAACUAGAAAGGCAGAUGGCACAAGUCAGUAUGCAAGGGGAAUGGUGCGAGCCAAUCACGUUACGGCCUCCGAACGAGGCGACGUCAUCUACACCUGUGCAGUACUGGCAGCACCAUCCUGAGAAGCUUAUAUUCCAGUCUUGUGACUAUGAAGCAUAUUAUUUGGGGUCUAUGUUGGUGAAGGAGCUGCGGGGUACCGAGUCCACGCAUGAUGCCUGCGCAAAAAUGAGGAAGUCUACAGAACAAAUGAAGAAGAUCCCCACCAUAGUACUGUCUGUGUCCUAUAAGGGCGUCAAGUUUAUUGAUGCCACAAACAAGAAUAUUAUAGCGGAGCAUGAGAUCAGGAAUAUCUCGUGUGCAGCACAGGACCCAGAAGACCUCUCUACGUUUGCAUACAUCACCAAGGACUUAAAAUCCAGCCAUCAUUACUGCCAUGUCUUUACAGCUUUCGAUGUGAAUCUAGCCUAUGAGAUUAUCCUGACGUUGGGCCAAGCAUUUGAGGUGGCGUAUCAGUUGGCCCUGCAGGCCAGAAAGAGUGGCCACGGGUCCUCGACUCUACCUGAGAGCUUCGACAGUAAACCCUCCAAACCCGUCCCUAAACCUCGCGUCAACAUACGCAAGUCUAUGGAGCAGCCCUCAAUGGAUCAAAAGGGCCACGCCAACGUCCCCUGGAUAGUCGAACCAGGACAGGAAGCCAAAAGAGGAGCCAACACCAAGGCAAUGGCGGACGCCCAUGUCUAUUACAGUGGAAUACAGAGAAUGUAGCCUGCCCCUAACAUGGACCCCCAAUCACAUGCAUUGCUAUAAAGGACUACAAAUACGGACCUUAAAGUGCGGAGCACGUGUGAGGAUUCACACCAAGACUUUUUCAACAGGACCCGAAAAAACUCGCAUGCACGAGCACACAUACACUGCGUAGGACAAACAGGAGGAAUCGGUCCAUGCGAAUGUACACGGCACUUGCGUUUCAAAGGACAGCGGGCGUCGCAGGAUUUUGUUGCGAGAGACGGCUUCAGUUGCCGUGGACACAGUUGCUAUGGUGACUCUGACACACUACACUGACUUUAGUAAAAUAUCUAGUCCAAAUUACAAUGGCAUGUCUGGACUGGGAUAAAAAAUGGACUUUAUAUAUGAUUUGCUGUAUUUUUGUUUUUUUUUCUUUCCGUCUUUCCUUUAUUUGUUUGUUUGUGGUUAAUGAUAUAAAAUAAAUAUGCACAAUGUGAAUGGACUUAUUGCACUGGGCAACCAUGAAAUGGAAUCGUCUUGUGCCAAAAAUCACUAAGAAAUGGUUGUUGACAAUUGGCAAUGCCAUAUAAGAUUACUAUUCAUAUUGGCGAGGCAUUUUAAUGUUUAAUAGAGAACUAUAUUACCGUUACUGUUGCAAUUAUUAUUAUUAUUAUUCUUAUCGUGCAAUUCCUGUCUGAUGUUGUCUUAAUGUUACAUUAUUUUUAUAUGAUACUUCGAGCUUGAAUAUGCAGCCAUCCUAAGAAAACAAAAAAGAUUAUUCUAGUACCACAGAGGAACUGAAUGUGUGGAUGGCUCCACUUUCGUUUCAGAUGAAAAUAUGAAAAAAACAGAUCUCUUAUUUUCACUCAUUGUUACUGUAGAAUUUUGCCACAGUUCUGUAAAUAAAUAUUUUGUUGACUCAUUGUUCAUAUAUGUAAUGUAAUUUAAAAAAAUAUAUAUAAACGAUUGAAAAAAGCAAACAUUGGUAAACAAGGUACCAAAUUUCGCAGGUAAAGGUGCAAAACAAAACGCAACUGGUGGAAUUGUAACAUCAUUGCAGACUAAAAUGUGUAGAUAGGCUUGGGCUUCCAGCACACAGAUUUUGUAAGUUUGGUCUUUAUUUAUAUUCUUGCAAAGCACACAGAAUAAAUCCAGAUUGUAGAACCAUU